UAGAUAAAGCAUUUCAUCUCUAUGAUUACAGUUGGUCCUAACACCAAAUACUCACGGGCACAUUAUAUGCACACAGAGCUUGAGCCUCCAGCUAUAUAAUAUUUGCUUUAGAUGCACUGGGUUAAGUACAACCUAGUAUAGUCCAUAGGCAAUACAUGCUUUUACUGGAAGCUUCCUUCUUCCUCUCCCAUGUUUUCUUCCAUGGAUCAUCCAAUUAUUUUCCUCCUUCUAACAUAUCUUGCUACACAGUCACUUGCUCUUGCAGCUCAAUCAAGAACACCAAAAGCCCGGAUCACGGUUGUGGGAGCAGUUUAUUGUGAUACCUGUUCAACCAACACAUUCUCCAGAAGCAGCUACUUUCUGCCAGGAGUGGAUGUUCUUAUAAAAUGCAAAUUCAGAGGAAACUCACCCAGAACAGCAGAAGAUAUCAAUUUUGAGGUCAACAGAACCACAGAUAAGUAUGGAGUGUACAAGUUGGAAAUACCUGUUGUUGAUGGAGUUAACUGCAUAGAUGGCUUUGCAAUGAAGUCCAUGUGCCAGGCAAACUUGAUAGGAAGCUCAUCCUCAGCCUGCAAUGUUCCUGGUCUAAAAACAACAGCAGAUGAGAUAUCAGUGAAGUCAAAGCAAGACAAUCUGUGUAUAUACAGCAUGAAUGCCUUGAGUUUCAGGCCAUCUAAGAAGAAUGUGAGCUUAUGUGGAGAUAAGAAAGAGGAAUUGGCAAGUUCCUUCAACUCUUCCAAGUUCUUUCUCCCUUACUUCCCACCAUAUGGCUUCUUCCCUUGGCCUCAAUUGCCAUUCCCUCCACUACCACCAUUGCCAUCACUUCCCUUUCCUCCUUUGCCACCUCUAACAUCUUUGCCUUUCCCAUUCCCACCAUCUUUGCCAUUCCCAUUCCCACAAUUCCCUCCUUUUUCUCCAUCCCCAAAUCCUUUGGCCCCAAACUCUCCACCUGCAUUUAACUUAGGCGACCCAAGAACUUGGAUACCUUAUAUCCCUAAAGUCUUUGCUCCUCCUCCACCACCUGCAUUCAAUCUUAGAGACCCCAGAACUUGGAUACCACCAUACAUUCCUCCAUCCCCUCCUGGUAGCCCUCAAAACCAGAAACCAUAGUUUUAGUCUCACUAUUUGUUUUACUUCACAAAUCUACAAUAAUACUAUGUUCCAUAUAUUAUUGCUUACCAUGGUCAAAAAAGCUUAUUUUCCAUGGUAAAGAAAAGCUUCUGUUUUAUGUAUGAGAUGGAAAACAUUUGGAUAUAACAAUAUUUUACAUAAAUCCCCUGCCCAGAAAGGCAGAAACAUCUGUUUUAUUAUGUU